UUUCGCGGGAAAAAAAUCAGAGCAGCUGGCAGCGUGGGCAGACUGGGCGCUCCGGCUCGCACGCACGUCCGCGCGGGGUCUGGGCCACACACGCCGCUCUAGCGCCAUUUUCAGGGCCCAGCGCGCAGGCAGCAGAGUGGUGGGGCGGCCGGAGAGCACCAGCAGGCACCAUGUGGAUCCAGGUUCGCACCAUGGAUGGGAGGGAGGCCCACAGCGUGGGCUCGCUCUCCAGGCUGACCAGGGUGGAAGAUCUGAGGGAGAAGAUCCAGGAGCUGUUCCACGUGGAGCCAAGCCGACAGAGGCUUUUCUACAGGGGCAAGCAGAUGGAGGAUGGCCACACCCUCUUUGACUAUGAUGUUCGCCUGAAUGACACCAUCCAGCUACUGGUUCGGCAGAAUAUCGUGCCUCCCCUGAGCAGCAGCAACAACCAGGAGAGAGACUCUGAGCUUUCUGACACGGAUUCUGGCUACUGCCUGGGCCAGAGCGAGUCGGAUAAGUCUUCCACUAGCGGUGAGGUGGACAGAAAUGCAGGCUUAACAGAUGAGGCAAUCUAUGAAGAGACGGAUCUGGGCCUUUACAAGGUCAAUGAGUACGUUGAUGCUCGGGACACGGAUGUGGGAAGUUGGUUUGAGGCGAAGGUUGUCAGGGUGACAAAGAAGCCACCAUCCCAGGACACGCCUUGUAGCUCUACCUCAUCCCAGGAUGCACCCUCUAGUUCCGCCUCGUCCCAGGAUGCAGCCCGUAGCUCCGCCUCAUCCCAGGAUGCACCCUGUAGCUCCGCCUCAUCCCAGGAUGCACCCUGUAGCUCCGCCUCGUCCCAGGAUGCACCCUGUAGCUCCGCCUCGUCCCAGGAUGCAGCCCGUAGCUCCGCCUCAUCCCAGGAUGCACCCUGUAGCUCCGCCUCAUCCCAGGAUGCAGCCCGUAGCUCCGCCUCGUCCCAGGAUGCACCCUGUAGCUCCGCCUCGUCCCAGGAUGCAGCCUGUAGCUCCGCCUCGUCCCAGGAUGCACCCUGUAGCUCCGCCUCGUCCCAGGAUGCACCCUGUAGCUCCGCCUCGUCCCAGGAUGCACCAUGUAGCUCUGCCUCGUCUCAGGACGCACCAUGUAGUUCCGCCUCGUCUGAGGACCCAUGCUGUAGCUCCAGCCUGUCCCAGGAUGCACCCUGUAGCUCCACCUCCACUUUGGAAGAAGAUGACGACGUCAUUUAUCAUGUGACAUAUGAUGAUUACCCAGAAUACGGUGUGGUCCAGAUGAGUUCACAGAACGUCCGGGCCCGAGCCCGAGAAAUCAUCAGAUGGCAGGAUCUGAAGGAGGGCCAGGAGGUCAUGCUCAACUACAACCCCGACAAGCCGAAGGAUCGGGGCUUCUGGUACGAUGCGGUGAUCCAGCGGAAGAAGCAGACCCGGACAUCACGGGAGCUGUAUGCUAACAUCAGUCUUGGGAGUGGUUCUCUCAGCAAUUGUCGGAUCGUGUUUGUGGAUGAAGUUUUCAAGAUUGAGCGUCCUGGCGAGGGGAGCCCCAUGAUUGAAAACCCAGUGAAAAGGAAGAACAAGCCCUUCUGCAAUAAAUGCAAGGACAACCCGAGCAAGCCCUGCCACGAGUGUUCCUGCAGCCUGUGUGGGAGCAAGCAGGAUCCUGACAAGCAGCUCAUGUGUGAUGAUUGCGACCAUGCCUUUCACUUAUAUUGUCUCAACCCGCCUCUCAGCAGUGUUCCCCCGGAGACGGAGUGGUUCUGCCCUAAAUGUCGAAAUGACGCCAGCGAGGUGGUGUUGGCAGGGGAGAAGCUGAAAGAGAGUAAGAAGAAGUCGAAAAUGGCAUCGGCCACAUCAUCCUCGCAGCGGGACUGGGGCAAGGGCAUGGCAUGUGUGGGGCGCACCAAGGAGUGCACCAUCGUUCCAUCCAACCACUACGGACCCAUCCCAGGGAUCCCUGUGGGCACCAUGUGGAAGUUCAGAGUCCAGGUCAGUGAGUCAGGAGUCCAUCGCCCGCACGUGGCGGGCAUCCAUGGCCGGAGCAAUGAUGGGGCGUACUCCCUGAUCCUGUCGGGGGGGUAUGAGGACGAUGUGGACAAUGGGGAGUUUUUCACGUAUACUGGUAGCGGUGGUCGAGAUCUUUCCGGCAACAAGCGGACUGCAGAACAGUCCUGUGAUCAGAAACUCACCAACACCAACAGGGCACUGGCUCUCAACUGCAAUGCCCCCAUCAAUGAACGCAAGGGGGCCGAGGCCAAGGACUGGCGCUCAGGGAAGCCGGUCCGGGUGGUGCGCAACACCAAGGGCCGCAAGCACAGCAAAUACGCCCCCACUGAGGGCAACCGGUACGACGGCAUCUACAAGGUUGUGAAGUACUGGCCUGAGAAGGGGAAAUCCGGCUUCCUGGUAUGGCGAUACCUUCUGCGGAGGGACGACGAUGAGCCUGGCCCCUGGACGAAGAAAGGGAUGAACCGGAUCAAACAGCUGGGACUGACCAUGCAGUAUCCAGAAGGCUACAUUGAGGCCCUGGCCAAGAAGGAGAAGGAGAAGGAGAAGGAGAAAGAGAACAGAAAGAAGCCAACUGAAGAGGAAGAGGAGAAAGAUGAAGAGGAGGGAGAGGAGGAUCUCACGAUCAGGAAGGGCAAACGGAAGAGUAAGUCAGAAGGCAGGUCUUUCUCCAUGGGCAGCCUGUCCACGUGCUCUUGGGCUCGCCUGCCCUUACCACUUUGCUCUGUCUCAGGUUCCUGCUCCCCGGGAGUUACACCCAAGAAAGCCAGGGUGGAGCCUUACAGCCUCACAGCCCAGCAGAAAAACCUUAUCAAGCAGGACCUGAGCAACUCUAAGCAGUGGACCGAGAUCCUCAAGUCACUCAAGGAUGGGCCGAAAUUCCUGAAUAAAGUAGAAGAAACAUUCCAGUGUAUUUGCUGCCAGGAACUGGUAUACUCCCCAGUCAGCACCGGGUGCCAACACAACGUGUGCAAGGACUGCCUGGAUAGAUCCUUCAAAGCACAGGUGUUCACCUGUCCUGCCUGCCGCAAGGAACUGGGCCGAAACUACUCCAUGAAAGUGAACCAUUCGCUGCAGGAAAUCCUCACUCAGCUCUUCCCCGGUUAUGGCCGUGGACGGUGAUCCACAAGCACUUCUCGCCGGGCGUUUUUAAAAAACGCACCAGAGGCGUCCUCGGCCCCUCUUGUUUUUAGUGGGCUUAACUUAAGUAUGUAGUUUUUCCUCUGCUUCCUAAAAAGCCUUGUCUUCCUGGUUUUGUUUUUUAAAUCUAUAAAUUUAUAGGAAUUUGUAUUAUGGCUCAAAGAAAGAAAGAAAGAAAGAAGGAAAGUUAGACUGUUCGGUGUUUUAUCUUGUUUUUUAAAAAAGUAUAAAGCCUGCAGUGUACGAGCAAAAACACAUGUUUUUUCUGAAGAUGAAAUUAGAAAUUACUUGGCCUGAAGGUCGCUAUGUUGCCAACAUCAAGUUCUCAGAGACCCUGCAGGAAGGCAUUGACUGCCUAGAACAAUCUUUUCCUGGUGUGUGGGCUUGGCCCCAAAGCUGAACGUGGGCACACCUCCUGACAGCAUUUCUUCGCCAGAACUCAGCAGGGUGGUACUUGGUGGUGGCCCUGGGUGUGGCAUGGCCCAGGAAUCAUCCCUCAGGACCUGUUGAAAGGGAAAAAGGAAAAGAUCCCAUUCAGCCCAGUUUAAACUCUGGCCUCAAAGCCAUCUGCCACCAGCCGGCUCCCGUGGUUAAGACCCACAAGCAGAGACCUGUGUCCCUUGAGCAGAGUUGAGGCCACACAGAAGCUACCUCCGCUCGACUCUCCUGUAUGUGGAGCUGGGUGCGCAGCCAAACGCUGUCCAAUCUGGAACGCCGGAGAAGUAGAUGCACUAAGCCAUGUUCAAGUGCCUUUGGUUCUUUCUUUCUAAACACGGGGCUCUUUUUUUUAGCACUGAAUUAUUGAAAAUGCCAACCAGAUUCUCAGAUAGCCCAACCAGUUCUUUACAAAUCUGGGUGAGUGUUUGGGGAUAGGUUGAGUUUUGUUCUUCCUUUACAUUGAAUUUUCAACUCACCAAUUGAGAAUUAUAAGAGGGAAUUUGUCUUUAAAAUAAAUACUUUUUCUAAAUGAAAUUUUUUGUAGUUACUGUAUAUGUACCAAUAAAUCUAUAACUUAGGGUUUUAUUUUUUUAUUUUUUUGGAAUUAUUUGUUAAUUUUUCUACAAACUUUACCAAAAUUUGCAGCUCAUACCUCAACAGAACAGGGAUAUUUUAAAUCACAUAACUACAGACAAACUGGAACAAUAUUGUUUGAAAAUUUUCUCUUUAUUAGGUGGUUAAUGUAUUAGGAAGAAAUGACUAAAUCCUGUGUAGGCAUUUUCUAAAAAGUUCAAUAUUCUUUGUCCAGAUUUUAGAUUUUCAGAAUAAAUGUUUUUUACUGAUGCA